UGAAGAGAGAAACCCUUGAGAUUGUUGAAGAUAAAACAAUCAAAGCUUGUCUUAUAGAAGAGAAACAUGGAGCAGGAAGAGGAGAAAACAAUACCAAAAUCAACAGAACCAACACCACCAUCUUCAUACAGCUUAGUUUUAAGAAUUAUGAGCAAGAGGAGGACAUGGGUAUGUCUAUUUGUGCUUGCAUAUGGCAUAAUAUUAUCAUGUUCAUGGAAUUUUCUCAAAUUCAUACUUUCUUGGUACAAACUACAAUCCCAAACAUCUUCAUCUUCAUCUGGGUGGCAUGCUCUCUAUGCAUCAGUUCUUCUUGGAGGAGUUUUUGGUCUGCUAUCCAUGAUUGCUGCCCUAGCUGUGGCAGUCCCAGCCACUCUGGUAAUCUGGAUCACAGUUCUGGUUCUUUUGGCCUUCCUUGGGAAACCCAGAUGGGUCUUGGUGAUUGAAGGAAGGAAGAUCACAAAGGAGAUUGUUGGGUUUGUGUUGAAGAUUUUGUUGAAGGAAGGGAAUGUUGUGGCUGCUGUUUGUGCAAUUUUAGGGUACAUUGCUCUUUUUAGAAAAGACCAGUGAAGGUGUUUCAUAGUGAAUUGUUGUUCCUGCUGAUGCAAUUUUGAUGGGGCUUUUGGGAUAUUCUUCUUGUUUGCUGAAAUUGGAAAAAAGAUUUCCCCAAUCUGCAUUAAGACAUUGUUUGGAAUAUUGUAAAUUUCAGUGCUCUAUAGACUGCAAUAUGGAAGCUGUACAGUGUAGAGGCAUUGUAACAUUAUUAGUUUAUUAUUACCUGUUUUGUUAAGUCCACUGUAUGUAUACACUGAUGCUUUUAACAUAGUGAACCCGUAUUUUUCUUCUAA